UCUCCCAGAGUUGCAUGCGCGACCGCCGCUGCACGCCCCCAGAGAGCUAGCUGAAGCGCGUCCUCGACUGACUCGUCUCCGCCGCGAGGCAGGCACGAUAUAAAGUAACACCGCCGCCUUCGGUUCGAUCUCGCGGCGGCGUGCGAGCACAAGAGUACGAGACGAUGGUGUGCACGAAGGCCGUCGUCGUCCUUGGCGUCGUAGCGUUGGUGGCCGCGGCGUUGCUUCUAGCGGCUGAGAGCCGCCCCAUUGCGCGGAAGGACCUGGGCGUCAACCUCGGCGGCGGCGGUGGCCUUGGGGUCGGCGUCGGCGGCGGCCUCGGUAUCGGCUCAGGGAUCGGCAUCGGCAUUGGUGGCGGCGGCGGCGGCUCGGGCUCCGCGUCCGGGUCAGGGUCUGGGUCGUACUCCGGCUCCGGCUCAGGGUCAGGCUCGGGGUCCUGGUCCGGGUCAAGCUCGGGCUCCAACGCGGGGUCCGGCGGCGCGGGGUCAUACGCGGGCUCCCACGCCGGGUCGUACGCAGGCUCAAACGGCGGAGGUGCCGGGUCGUAUGCGGGCUCCGACGCCGGCUCGUACGCUAGCUCUAACGGCAGGGGCGGGGGCUCGUACGCGGGCUCCGACGCCGGCUCAUACGCGGGGUCAGGUGGCCCGCACUGGGGCCCUGGUGCUGGCUCGUACGCGGGCUCCCAUGCCGGCUCGUACGCAGGCUCCAACGGCGGAGGAGCGGGCUCGUAAGCCGGUUCCGAGGCUGGCUCGUACGCUGGGUCCGGCGGUGGCCCGUACGGGGGCGCCGGUGCUGGCUCCUACGCUGGGUCUCGAGCCGGCUCCUACGCGGGCAAUGGGCACGGCAACUGAGCCGUGAGCGAGCUCAGAUCCCGUGCCGAUACAGUGAUGCUUGCUUGUUCAUAAGUGUUUGCAGCCUGAUUAUUUGUGUCCACAAGUAAAUCAAUUAUGAGUGUAACCCAUAAAUAAGUAACGGUGAAUAAGUGCUAGUGUAUGAGUAUGGCUCCCGAUGUAAACAUUAAUAUAUAAUAUAUGAAAUGAAUAACUCGGCAUGCACACGAUAGUUUAA